CGAAAUACAUGUAACUUGAGAUAAUAAUGUGAGCAGUAGGUGUGUGACACCCCUCCGUUUCUGAUAUUGGUAUAGUCCUAUACUGAAAUCUGAAGGCCUGCGGAGCGAUAAGGUCUGAUCAUGUGGCAAAUCUCCAAGUGCAGAAGGACAAAUGCAUUGCUCGCUUGUUUAGCGAGACACCAUCACAAGGCUGUGUUGGCUAUCAGAAGAGAAGACAUCAAUGCAUGGGAAAGGAGAGCCCCCCUUGCACCCAAACAUGUAAAAGAACUUACCAGUCUGGGGUACAAAGUAUUAGUGCAACCAUCAAACAGAAGAGCCAUCCAUGAAAAGGAAUAUAUCAAAGCAGGCGGUAUUAUUCAAGAAGAUAUACAGGAAGCAUCUCUGAUUGUAGGUGUUAAGAGACCUCCAGAGGAGAAGCUCCUACCCAAGAAGACCUAUGCAUUCUUUUCCCACACCAUAAAAGCCCAGGAAGCAAAUAUGUCAUUAUUGGAUGAAAUCCUUAAGAUGGAAAUUCGGUUGAUUGAUUAUGAAAAGAUGGUGGAUCAUCGAGGAGUACGAGUAGUGGCUUUUGGACAGUGGGCUGGAGUGGCAGGGAUGAUCAACAUGCUGCAUGGUUUAGGUCUGCGAUUUCUUGCCCUUGGACAUCACACCCCAUUUAUGCACAUUGGCAUGGCCCAUAACUACAGAAACAGUAGUCAGGCUGUGCAAGCUGUGAGAGAUGCUGGAUAUGAGAUAUCGCUUGGAUUAAUGCCAAAAUCAAUUGGACCCCUGACCUUUGUUUUCACAGGAACUGGAAAUGUUUCUAAGGGUGCACAGGAAAUAUUUAAUGAGCUGCCUUGUGAAUUUGUUGAACCUCAUGAAUUAAAAGAAGUUUCCAAGACUGGAGAUCUAAGGAAAGUUUAUGCAACAGUUUUAAGCCGUCACCACCAUCUUGUUAGGAAAACAGAUGGCGUAUAUGACCCUGUUGAAUACGACAAGAAUCCUGAACUAUACACUUCCAGGUUUAACACAGAUAUAGCUCCAUACACCACAUGUUUAAUUAAUGGAAUAUACUGGGAUCCACAUACUCCACGUUUGUUAACGCGUCAGGAUGCUCAAAGGCUUUUAGCUCCAGUCAAGUCCUCUACAGUUGCAACAGAAGGCUGUCCAGAACUCCCACACAAGCUUUUGGCAAUUGGUGACAUUUCUGCUGACACUGGUGGAUCCAUAGAAUUUAUGACGGAGUGUACAACAAUUGAUAUGCCAUUCUGUAUGUAUGAUGCAGACCAGCAUAUCAUUCAUGACAGUGUGGAAGGCUGUGGGAUUCUUAUGUGCUCAAUCGACAAUUUGCCUGCUCAGCUCCCAAUUGAAGCAACUGAAUAUUUUGGAGACAUGCUCUUUCCUUAUAUUGAAGAGAUGUUGAUGUCUAAUGCUACCAAACCCAUGGAACAGCAAACAUUUUCUCCAGUUGUACGGAAUGCAGUGAUUGCAUCUAGUGGGAGUCUGACUCCAAAAUACAAAUACAUACAGAAGCUGAGAGAGAGCAGAGAGCAUGCACAGUUAAUGACCCAAGGAACAAAAAAGAAGAUAUUGGUGCUUGGAUCUGGUUAUGUAUCUGAACCAGUUAUAAAUUACCUCACAAGAGAUCCCAAUGUUGAAAUAACUGCAGUAUCAAUGGUAAAAGAUCAGGUCGAUCAUCUGUCAAAAAGAUACCAUAACACCACUCCAAUAGCCAUGGAUAUUUUUAAAAAUGAAGAGAAACUUUCGGCACUAAUAAAGAAGCAUGAUCUCGUAGUCAGUUUGCUGCCUUAUUCAGCGCAUCCAUCAGUGGCCAAGAAGUGUAUCAAGAACAAAGUAAACUUGGUUACAGCCAGUUACAUCUCUCCCGCCAUGAAAGAACUCCAGCAAGGUGCAGAAGAUGCUGGCAUUAUAAUUGUUGGUGAAAUGGGUUUGGAUCCUGGUCUUGAUCACAUGUUGGCCAUGGAAUGCUUUGACAAAGCUAAAGAUGUUGGAGCAAAGGUGGAAUCUUAUAUUUCUUUUUGUGGAGGACUACCUGCUCCUGAGUUUUCAGACAACCCCCUAAGAUAUAAAUUCAGCUGGAGUCCACUUGCUGUUCUCUUUAAUACAGUACAACCUGCUACAUAUCUGAAGGACGGGCAGAUUGUUAACAUCGCAGCAGGAGGCUCCUUGCUUGAAUCUGUGACUGCAAUGGACUGCUUCCCAGGACUUAAUUUAGAAGGCUUUCCAAACAGGGACAGCACAAAAUAUGCGGAACCCUAUGGUAUCCAGACUGCACAUACAUUAAUGAGAGGAACUCUCAGAUAUAAGGGGUUUUGUAAUGCAAUGAGUGGAUUUGUGCAAUUGGGAUUAAUAAAUUCUGAUCCAUGUCCGCUACUUGGAAUGAAUGCUUCCGCUAUAACAUGGAGGGAACUUUUAUGCCAUCUAAUGAAUGUUUCAUCGUCAACAAGCAUCGGCCUUCUUAAAGAGUUGGUGUACAAUAAGUUAGAUAAGAAUGAUAGUAACAUGGAAACUCUUGAGUGGUUUGGAUUACUAAGUGAGGAGCCAGUGCCUGUUGCAGACUCAAUUGUUGGUGCUCUGGCCAAACACCUUGAAAUGAUGCUCUCAUUUGGGCCAGGAGAAAGAGACAUGAUUGUUUUGCGAAAUGAUAUUGGCAUCAGACAUCCUUCUGGGCAUUUAGAAUGCAAAAACAUUAGUUUGGUUGUAUAUGGAGAUGUAAAUGGCUACUCGGCAAUGGCUAAAACUGUGGGUUACCCAACGGCAAUUGCAGCUAAAAUGGUUUUGGAUGGGGAAGUUGAAAGCAGAGGCCUGGUAAUUCCUCUGACCAAGAAUAUCUAUGGACCAAUAUUGGAGCGUGUAAAGGAAGAGGGAAUUCUCUACAGCACAAAGAGCACAUUUUCACUUUGAUCAUAACCAAAGAAUAACAUAAGUAGUACACUUUUGGUCCUGGAAAAUGCUUUAAACAAUGUUUUCAGCUGUAUAUACACCCAGUUGCAUUCAGUAACUAUUGAGUUAGUCUUCUCUUACCAAAUGUUUGUGUUUGGCUUGCUGGGAAGAUACAUUUUAUUACAUUAAUAAUGUAUUCUAAUUUGUUGCUGAAUCUUGAUACUUGCACUGAAUGAUGUACUGCUGUACUCAUUUUUUAAAAAUAUUUAUCAGUUAUGAGAAAGUUAGUAAAUUGAACCAUGUAAACAUUAUGGGAAAGUAGUCAGUAGUUGUUCUAAGAGAAGAACAUUUUUUACAUGUAGUUCCAGUAAAACAAAACAUUAACAGCAAAUUGUUCCUUUUCUCUGCAUUACAACAAUUUAAACAUUUUUGAAUAAUUGUACAAAAAAAAAGAGUACUUCUGGCCUUGGUUUAUUGUUUGGGCUAUAUUCUGUAUUGUUUCAGGUCAAGUAAUGUGUCUGUUUCUUGCAUUUGCUCUGCACUGGAAGAAUGAAUAAUGUUAUUUAACAGUGUUUGUUGUUUAAAUGAAAUACAGAUAUAAUCCAUAAUGUAAUGAAUUAUUUAAACAUGAAAGAGGUCAUUUCUUAAUCAAUAAAGUAGAAAAAUGGUA